AAAGAAAUAAGCAGAGAGAGAGAGAGAGAGAGAGCACACAAAAAUCCAAGAGAGAAAAAAAAAGAUGACCGAGAGAAAGCGAGAGCUUGAAGAAGAAGCUACAAGCACAAGCGUCUUACCUCUCAACAAAAAGACGAAGCUUAAUGAUUCUGAUUCAUCACCGGACUCUCAUGACGUCAUCGUCUUCGCGGCUUCUUCUUCUUCCGUUGCUUCGUCGGCGGCUUUAGCUUCAGAUGAAUGUUCCGUUACUACCGCCAAAGAAGAAAACGAUCAGUGCUCGAGUAUCAGCUCCGGUUUUUUCACCAGAAUCGCGAAGAACAGUUCGUCGUUUGGUGUAGAUCUGGAGACUCAUGAAAUCAAAACCGAAACCGAAACCUCAACAUUCAUCAACAACAAAUUCAGAAAAGAGACAAGUCCAGUGAGCGAAGGUUUGGGAGAAACAACAACAGAAAUGGAAUCAUCGUCGGCGACGGAGAGAAAACAACCGAAAGUGAGCAAGACUCCAACGCCGACGGAGAUUGAGGAUUUCUUAUCGGAGCUAGAGAACGAUAAUAAGAAGCGAUUCAUAGAAAAGUACAACUUCGAUAUUGUCAAUGACGAACCGCUUGAAGGUCGCUACAAGUGGGAUCGACUUUAAGCCAUGAAAAAAGCAAAAUACCAUUCAAGAAGAAGAAGAAAAAAAAUAGGUUUUUUUUUUUGUCGUUAACAUUCCACUUGUACAGCUCUAAUCUCUCUUUUUUCGUACAAAAAUACAACCUUUAUAAUGAAAUUUCGGAUCUUGAUUAGUACUUACUGUGAUUUCGUGGGUUUGUUAUGUUUCUGUAGUUCUGUUUAAGAUUAAAAAUGGUUAAGGCAGAAGACUGAGGUUUUGAGUGCAUGAAAAUAGAAAGGUGCUUUUCUUGUUUGGAUUCUUAAAAACAUUGGAUGCUUAAUUAUUACAAUUAUUUUAUCUUUACUCAAA